AUGGAACAGCAAAAGGUACGCUAUAUGCUCGAUACACUUGCGGAUCCGACCAGAUUACGCAAAAAAUUACUCCCAGUGAUGGAAGAAUGUGGAAAAUUGUCAGGAAAGGAUGCUUUUGGAUGGGCUUUGCUUGCAAAAUUAAUUUACGCUUGUGAUCAAGAGAUGCUGAGAACCAUUUCGUCAAGAGUUCAAAAGAGGUUGGUCGCUGCUGCUAGACAGCCAAUUACGGUUCCUCUGUUGCACUUUGUCCGUUCAUUCCUUGUUCGUUUUCAAUGGCUUAAAAGUUUCAAUGAACAAACUUUGGCUUAUAUAUGUUCACGUGCUGUGGAUUUUAGUGUUGAAAGUUGUUCCGAAAGCAUUACUGAGCUCACUUCCAACAUAUAUGCAUUAUGGGCAGGAACUAAGUAUGAUUACAUUUUGAUAAAGACAUUGAAAAAUAUGUUGAGUAACGUGAUUGCUGAAGAAAAUGAUGGGAAUGAGAAGAUAUUAUUGCGUUUUGAGACAGCUGUACAGCGCCAUCUUCCACAGUUUAUUUCUACAGUGUUCAAUCUGCACAUAGAAGUAAUGGAGAGAUGUUCAGCAAAUGACAAAGUUGCUGUAAACGAGUGGUUGGAUAUAGCAUAUAAAUCGGCUAUUGUUGUUAAAACCGAGAAAAUAAAUUCCAUUUUUCGGUGGUUAAGGACUUUUCUGUUAAAAGCUAGAAGUUGUGCACAUCUCGCUGCACGAAGAAUUUCUUCAUUUAUCAGUGAUUUCUACCAUCCAAGUGAAGCUUAUUACGAAGCAGUAAAAGAAUAUGUUCAAUUAGGACCAGACCUGAGUAUUAAUAUUCUUUUUAAAACCUUCAUUCGUUCUGCCAAGUGUCAGUUACACUCACAGGAAUAUGGAAAAAUAUAUGCUAAAGCGCUAGGUGCAAUGCUGGAACUGAGACCUUAUUUGUUAGAUGUUCAGGAUGUGUUAGAGCUGCAGCGCUUAGUUUGUCAGGAAGCUUUCGAAAAUCGAAACUGUAGGCCAGUACUAUCAUUGCUAAACUCACUGUUGGCUAUGAACAAUGAAUUGGUGCCGUCGCCUGUACAGAUUGCACAAAGCAUCUUCAGUGGCAGUGAAGAUUGGUGCGAUGAGGUACGUCUGGGGCGAGCGUUAUGUUCAUCCAUUUCGCGGCCCUCUAUUCAACUAAUUAUUCCUCAAGAAAAUUUGCUGAAGAAAUUGAGUGAUAUUGUGAUGAAUGAUGAUCAGCACAUACAUUUCGAUGUUUCUCAGAAUUCGUCUAAACUAACUUCGACGGCAGCUAAAAAUGAAAUUCGUAAUGAGCUUGUAAGCGAUAAUCCUGUGGGGAAUCAUGAAAAUUUUGGAAUAGAAUCAACGGGAAGCAAUGUUAGAAAGCGUUCAUAUCCAUCAGCGGGAAAAACAACCUUAAAGCAUGUACGGAUUGGUUCCGAAUGUAGUGAAGAAAUGUUUUCUGCGAACGGAAGUUCGCAGUUCUUGGAAACAUUAGAAAUUACAGAUGAAGAGCAAAUAUCAGAGAAAGUAGGAUACACUUUAAUGGAGCAAGAGGGAUUACGAAAUACUUCUGUUGCAGAUGCUACAAUAGCAAAACUUAAUUCAAAUUCUGAGAUCAUAAUUUUGGAUAAAAAUAUAAGUGAUGGUGAGUUAACCAUUCAGCAAAUGAUGGCUGAUUUUGUGCCCGACUGUAGGUAUCAUUAA